AUGAUCCGCCGCUCUUAUCGCGGGCUGUUUGCCCGCCAUAAUUCGUGGGUUUGUGCCUCCUGCAGAGCCAGCUUCUCUUCUUCUGCUGCGUCCACAGCCAAGAGCAAGUUGCCGCAGACUCCAGCGCGGACGCGUUUCGCCCCGUCACCUACGGGAUAUCUCCAUCUGGGAUCAUUGAGAACUGCCUUGUUUAAUUAUCUCUUGGCUAGACGGACGGGAGGCCAGUUUCUUCUGCGGAUUGAAGAUACAGAUCAGAAGCGAACAAUCCCUGGAGCUGAACAGCGAUUAUAUGAAGACCUGCAAUGGGCGGGGUUACAAUGGGACGAAGGUCCAACCGUCGGCGGUCCUUAUGGCCCUUACAGACAGUCCGAACGAACCUCUAUCUACCGCAAACACGCCCACGAGCUGAUUUCCAACGACCACGCAUACCGAUGCUUUUGCACGCCGGAACGCCUUGACACCUUUGCUAGACACCGCAGCAGCGCCGGUCUUCCACCAGGUUACGACCGCAAGUGUGCCGACCUCUCUCAUGCCGAAUCGGAAGAAAGAGCCGAGAAGGGAGAAGCUUAUGUGAUUCGAUUGAAGGUGGACGACUAUCCCAUGUUUAAUGAUCUGGUGUAUGGCAAGACGGGGCAGAAGCGCUCAAACAGCAAGCUCGACUUUAUUGAUCGAGUCUAUGAUGAUCCGAUUUUAAUCAAAUCGGAUGGGCAUCCCACUUAUCACCUGGCGAAUGUGGUCGAUGAUCACCUCAUGAAAAUCACGCACGUCAUUCGAGGCACUGAGUGGAUGCCUUCAACGCCCAUGCAUAUGGCUCUAUACAACGCCUUCAAUUGGACUCCGCCUAGUUUCGGUCAUGUCCCCCUUCUUGUAGAUAAGAACGGACAGAAGCUCAGCAAACGCAAUGCUGAUAUUGAUCUGUCUUUCUUCAAAGACAAGCAAGGGGUAUUUGCGGCUAGCCUGAUCAACUUCUCAGCGCUCUUAGGGUGGUCUCAUUCUCAGAAGUCCGACGUCUUCAGCCUUGAGGAACUCGAGCAGAUGUUUAACUUGAAGAUCACUCGAGGAAACACAGUGGUCGCGUUUGAAAAACUCUGGUUCCUCCAGAAAGCACAUGCCCAGCGAUUCGCCGCCACUGGUGGGCCCCAAAUCGAUGAGAUGGUGAAUAAAGUGUCGAGCAUUGUUGAAAGCACCUCUUCCGAGGACCUCAGUACACCACUCCUCCAAGGCCGCACUCUACAUGAAUACGUAGCCCCCUUGAUCAAAGCAGACGCCAAGUCCUACACGAACGCAGAAGAAUUCGUCGCACGCAACUCCUCUUUCUUCACGUCAACCCUCAACAGGGCUCCCUACGAGACAUCCGCAGAACCCAGUCUCGUCUCCGCUCUCCACACUGCAGCCGCAGCCCUCUGCCUUGUUCCAGAGUCGCACUGGGACGUUGAAAGCCAUCGUAUCAACAUUUCCUCCUACGACGGCUCAUCCGCCGUAACAUCCAUUUCGAACACAUCGCCGGCUCCUACAACAGACGAUCCGGAAAAGGCCCGUGUCGUAGCCGACAAGGCCUUCAAGAAAGAACUAUACCACUACCUUCGCUGGGCGCUGACGGGUGGCGCCCCGGGCCCCGGCAUCCCAGAGACAAUGGCUAUCCUUGGCCGCGCCGAAUCCAUCAACCGGAUCCAGCAGGCUCGUAAGCUUACAGCCUCGAACGCGGCGGAGAAGAGGAGAAGGGUGCCCCGGUCGACGCAGGGCGAGGAGGAACGGGACUUCAAAUGGAUGGGGUCCUUGGCGCCUCAGUGA